AUGGCCUCGAGUACGCUACUCCGCGCGACCGCUGUGCAAUCCUCACAAACACCACAGGCUCUACAGCAAUACGGCUCUUUAUUGUACUCGCUGGAACCUAGAGCAUCGGCAUUAGGCUCUGACCCAAAUUUCAACGCAUCUUCAAUUCUGGCGCGACAACAACAACAUCGUCUUCAAAUUGUAGCCACGACCUUCUCCAGCGUGAGCGUUUUCGCCACACUAUGCGCCUUGUACUGGUUCUGCAUGAUGCGGCGAAACUUCCGCCGCGAUCUCGUUCUGUUACUUAUCAUUGGGGACUUUUGGAAAUCUCUUUGGUUCCUUAUUGGAAGCAUUACAACGCUGGUGCGAGGCCAGAUAUCAACGGAUAGCCAUUUUUGUCAAGCUAGCGGAUAUUUUCUACACGUUGGCGCAGAGGCUUGUGACUUGGCCAUCUUCUUGAUGAGCCUGCACAUGUCUCUACAGAUCUUCCCGCCUGCUCGGUCGAUGCUCGGACACGAUGGUCUGUAUCGGAUACGAUGGUGGGUUCUCGCUGGAUGGAUCAUCAUCCCGAAUGUGAUUGUCUCCUUGGCUUUUGUGAACUCCGCCUCGGCUUUCAUAGCCCAGGGCGGAUUUUGCACACUGCCCAUCCGGCCAUUUUGGUAUCGUCUUGCACUUUCCUGGGUACCGCGAUACUUGAUAUGGUUCUUCAUCUUCGGAGUGGCGAUUCGGAUUUACCUUCACGUUGGAUACGAGUUCAAAGUUUUUGGGAUGGAAGCAGACCAGAAUAGUACUUCGGGCAUCGGCAUCACGAAUAGCAGAGUCACGCAACUGUCGCAGACAGGGCAUGUUGCAGCGACUAUGCAGUGGUCACAUUCCAAUCGUUCGGACGGGGCAGAUGCCGAGAAGCAGGCAUGCAGAGAUGACAGCAUUGCGCCAGACGACGAUGUUGAGACCAACACUCCUCCUCAAAGGCCAUCAUUUGCAGCCUUGCCCAGCUUCGACCCCAAGCGACGACAGUCGGUACCGAACUGGCCCACUCUUUUCGGAGGUAGCGUCCUCGGUCGUGAAGAAAUUCCAACAGGCCAGAACACGAGGCCCUCGAGCAAAAGCAACCCUGGCUCACGUCGCGGCAGCAAGCAACUGGGCGCCGACCCGGCUGUGAGCGCUGAAGACUUCGCAUUGCUACCUCCGAUCACCUCCUUCCAACGGCAAGGCUCCUCUGCAUCGACAGCAGCUUCAAUGAAGUCUGCAGCACCUUCCGACAUGCCCUUGGCAGCAUUGUCUCCCAUCACAGAGCACCGAUCUACCUCCGUCAUUCAAUCGCCGACACUGAUGCAAGAGGACAACGAUGCGACUCGAGCCAUCACGCAGCGACGAAGAGCAAUACAGCGUCAGCUCCGUUUGCUGUUCAUCUACCCAGUCGUCUACCUUAUAAUGUGGGUAAUGCCCUUUGUCGCGCAUGCGAUGAACUACAGCAAUCAUUAUGCUCAGCAUMCGGUUCUUGCCGUGAGUGUACUCAGUAUCUUUGCCCAAUGCAUCAUGGGAUCCGUGGACGUGUGUGUGUUUUGCUGGCGCGAGAAGCCUUGGGGACAUGUCCCUGGCGCAGAUGGAACUUUCUUGGGCAGUUUCAAAAUCUGGGAGUUUUCCGGUCGGUGGGAAGAUGGGAGAAGUAAUGCUCACACCACCCGACAAAAGGAGGGAAAGAGUGAAUCGACCGCAGGCUUCCUCACCUCGAUCAAAAGGUGGAGCAUGAGCAAAAGUUCAAAGUCUUCACAAACGCAGGACGAGGUCAUUCAAAACAACUCAGCAUCACCUCAACCGCUGCCUCCGCCGCCUCCGCCUCCACCCAAGAGGAUUCAGCAUCUGCGGAUAAACAGCGGAAGAAGCGAUCGAAGAGUCAUGGACGCUGAGCGUGCACAAGAACGUUUGGCACUAGAACGUGCGGAAUUUGCUCAGCGCAAUUCAAGAAUAGGGCAAAGUAGACAGGGCAGUGAGCCCUCUGAUCAAGUGCAUCUUUCCCCGCCAUCAAGAGAAUGGUGGGAUCGGCACAUGAGUCUGGGAGAUAUCGAUGAUCAUGUCGUGCUACGAUAG